AGGACUCGGUCAGCCUCCGGAACAGCAGGGAGAUACAGCUCCCUGUGAACGUCGGAGAAACUGAAACCAAACCGUGCAGAAGCCAGAGCUCCAGGGGAAAAGGAAAAUGGAAGAGAUUCCAAGCGUGGAUCUUCUUGGAGCUGGACCAGCCCAGGGUGAGGUGGGGAGCACAGCAGAGUGUCCUGUGCACCAAGAGCCCACCCAGGAAGCACCUGGGCACCAAGGGACAGGCAGGUGGCCUGAGACAUCCUGCAAACCAGAGGAGGACUCUUCAGUGUGUGAAUCAGCUGCUGAUGGGGGAGAGGCAACACUCCUGGGUUCAGCUGGUCCCACACUAGAGAAGAAACCUGCCCAGGAAACUGAAGUGUUGCCAGAAGAAUCUGACAAGACAAAAGAAGGUGUCUCAGAAAGACCCCUGGAAAAACAGGACUUGGAUGAAGCUGGGCUGGGCCAUGAGAAUGUGGAAAGCAAAGGAGACAGCCCUGUCCACCAGGAAACACGGGAGCACCAGGAGACAACUGGGCACCAUGAAAGUCUCUGCAAAGCAUCAUCAACAAGCAAGGCACAGGGCUCUGGCAGUGAAAUGACACCUCUGGAUGGGACUGGUGUGGAAGAUGUCCCCAGGGGCCACUUGGCAGAGAAGAGCAGCAGUGCCACUCUCCCAGACUGGGAGCCAGAGGCUCCCAGAGGGCAGGAAACACAGGAGAGCGAGUCCCAAGGCACGUUAAGGAGAAGACCAAAAGGGGACACAGCCCCAAACCCAGAGACUCUGUCUUCCCUGCAGAACAUCACCACCCAAAACACAGAGCAGGAGAAGGCCAAAAAGUCCCUCCUGUGGAAAGGUGAGGAAAAGAAGCUUCCCUUGCAUGUUACUCAUCGACCAGAAGGCACUGAUCCUCCAGGAGCAAGGCUUUUCAUCCUGGGCCUCACAGUGCUGGGCUUCUGCAUAUUCUGCUUCGGCAGCCCCACCUCCAGCUCCCAGCAGCCCCGCAGGAACCCCACGGUGGAGGCAUUCCAGUCCCAGUUUGACCAGCUGCAGCACAGCUUCCCGGGCCAGAGCCCCGAGCUGUGGCUUCGCGGGCGCAAGUUCCUGCGCAAGCACCUGAACGCGUCGCGGCCCACGCAGCCGGCCAUCAUCAUCCUCGCGGCCGCGCGCCGCGGCGAGCGCACCCUGCGCUGCCUGGGCGCCCGCCUGGCCGACUGCUACUCGGCCGCCCUGCACGGCAGCACGGUGCACGUCGAGGGCAGGGACAAAGGCAGGCUCCACAGCGACCAGGCCAAGCUGCAGGUGGACUCGGAGCUGAGCGCGGCCUUCCAGGCGGGCAGCCGGGCCGCGGUGGUUCACCGCUUCGAGCUGCUGCCCGCCGGGGCCACCCUCAUCUUCUACAAGUACUGCGACCACGAGAGCGCCGCCUUCAAGGACGUGGCCCUGCUGCUGACGGUGCUGCUGGAGGAGGACGUGCUGGACAGCCACAUCAGCCUCCAGCAGCUGGAGGAGAGGGUCCGUGACUUCCUCUGGGCCAAGUUCACCAGCGCCAGGAGCCCCGGCUCCUACGACCGCAUGGACUCAGACAAGCUGAGCGGGCUGUGGAGCCGCAUCUCCCACCUGGUCCUACCCAUUCACCCCGUGCAGACCAUCGAGGAGGGGGGCUGCUAUGCCAAAGCCUAGGGACAAAAGUGGCCAGAGCCCCGAGGAGGGUUGGAAAGAUGCUCCUGGGUGGCCUCUACAGGCACAACUGGUGUUACUUCUCUUCGGUUUGUUUCUUGUAGGUUCCUGGGAAGAGUUUGACAGGUACAAGUUGAUCCAGGAUAUUUGGGAAGCUGAAUCCUGGAGGUGAUACACACACUUCUUUCUGGGAGAUGGGAACAGGGGGUGUUUUAGAGAUCCACAGGAGAACAUCAACAUGUGGGGAGGCAGGAGGGAAAACAGGUAGUGUUUUGAUAGUCAGAUACAGUCUGACUGUAUUUCUUGAUAGAAACACUGCCUGGCAGGGAGCGUUUCUAUCACGAAAUAGACAAAUAAUGUUCACGAUUAGUAUGACAGAAAGAUGCUGGGAUUCAGCAGUUCUUUAAUCUCUCCUUGCCCCUCAGCUUGCUAAAGUUGUGUACAUCAGUCUCACAAUAUAUUUUAUCCAGGGAGCUGCUGGAACACAGAAAGGUCAAAUUCCUCAAGGCCCAACCUUCUGAAGGCAUGCUUCAAAAAGAAAAGCAGUUUGCCAGUCAAGGGUGUGACCCGUCAGUCCCAGCAGUGUCCCACUGGCACAGCCUGAUUGACACCAAGCAAAGCCCAGAUCCUCAAACAAACCUGCAAUUCAGAGAUCCCCUAAACAUCAAUUACCAGAAAUUCCAGUUGUCAGCACUUGAACACUACCGUAAUGGCAGGGAUCCCAUGAGGAUAUCCCACGUGCCAGAGAUCAAGCUCCAGAACCAGAGAGCAGUGAAACAGUUGCUGCCACAGUGAUAGUGUGAAGCCUCAAGGGAUUACACAGGUGAAAAAAUGAAUAAUACAAUGUAAUGCAAUGCUUCCUCUCUCUAAAACAGGUCCACUCUAUCCCUUUACCACACAAAGGCUGUGACUCUCUCCUCAGGCUGAUGCUUUGGUCCCACACAACAGAUUGUUCUUCACCUGGAUCUCUGGUCUGUGUGCAGGGCUGGCAGCCUGUCCCAGCCUCUCCCCAGGUGACUUCUGUUUUUGAAUGUAGAUGUUAACAUUGGUAUUUCAAACCAUGUAGUGUAGCACACCAGGUCCUUGCCCUCCAAGGGUACAUUUGCCUCCCUGCCAGGCAGAUGGAGCUCUGGCAUCUGCCAAAGCAAGUAGGAGCAGAGCUGGGUUAGCUGGUAAAGACCAAAUCUCUGCCAUUAACACUAAAAUUCCUUGACAAAGCAGAUUAGUUUCUUUCCUUGCCUCCUCUUCUGCAUUCUAGGAAGGGAAAUCCAAGGUCUGGAAGCACUGUGGUUUCUCCACACUGUGUUUUUGCAGGUGCUGUGGGGCAGGGCAGCCAACUCAGGAACACCUGGAGGGGCAGGUGCAGGUUACAGCAUUUUUUAUAACCCAAGGGCAGCCCCAGGGGCCAGCCCCAUGUGCCUGUGCAGAAGGAGCAGCUGUAGCAGAUGUGGCCUUGCAGAGCCAGGCUCUGUGUCCAAAAAGAACAAAUCCACAGCACCACGCUGGUUUUUAGCAGCUGCACACCAGGGUGCUCCUUACAGCAGCUGGACCCUGGUGUUGGAUGGGUCUCCUGCCAACAGUGCCUUGCUCAUCUGCCCCACCAAGGGCUCAAGGAGGUGCAGCCCUGCACCCUAAAAACCACAGUCUGUCUCUCUUUCCCCCUGCCAUGUGCCUUGACCUGUCCCAGGACCUUAGUGGCCCUUAAUUGGAGGAGGGGACAAAAUGAAGGAAGAGGGAGGGUUAUUUGUUCAUGUUCUGACCAAAGAACAGACUUUUUGGUUGGUUGGGGAUGUGAAGCCAAGAUACCACAGGGGUUUUAACUGUGAUAAACACUGGGCUAAAUGUGAGAACCACCUGCUGAACCACCCAGGGCAUGGUUUGAUACGAGAUACAGAUUGCUUCCUCCUCUCCCUCUUUUCUAUUGCUGUACACUGCUUUGGUGAGGGAAAACACUAUCCUGCUCUGCAGGGUGUUGAUCUAAGGACCAGCAGAGCAUUAAUCAUGCUAUGCCAAUAUUUUGGUGGAAAUCUGUAUUUUAAUGUUCUCUCUCUCCAUUUUGCAUACUGUGUUUGCAAUGCAUAGCCCAGGUAUGCAAAGGCAACUCCCCAUUGCUGAAAGUGUCACCCACCUGAGUUCUUCCAAUACAGAGAUAUUUUUAUGGCCUUCUAAAGACAAAUAUCUGCUUGCUUCUGGAACAGGAUUUCUAUUUAAAAAUAAAUGGUGAGAUUGUGAAAGAAGCCAGCAAAGUGA